UGUACCUACCAAAAAAAUGUGCCUGUCGUAAUUACUCGAACAAAGCUUAGGAGUGACACGAUCCAAAGCUUUCAAGCAGCCCCUAGCUAGUUAAAACAUCUGGGCAUCUAAAAAGGAAUCCUCAGGACUUCAAGAGUAUUAUAAAUGUGAAAGUAGGUAAUUCUCUAUCUGUCGCACUUUCGCACCAAAACUUCUGAACCGAUUCGAAUGAAAUUGAGUGCUCGGGUAUUCUACAGCCUGAGAAAGGAUAUACUUUUCUUAACGGUGCUGGAAGAAGUUUCCUCGAGACGCUCCGUGGGGAACUGUCACGAAAAUUAGGUCCUAAUCAGAUAUUAGGGCAUUUAAAGAUCUUGUUUUCUUUUGUGUUAUUGUUUGUCUGCAUUCGUUUGUUUAUGUAUUUCCAGCUGGUUUUCCUGAUCGUCUGCGUGGCUCUGGCCGCUGCUUCUCCCCAGCUCAUCGCUGCUUGGCCAGGCUGGCCAGGAUAUGCUGGCGUCGUGCCCGCUACUAGGACUUUGGUAGCUGGCCCUACCGUAGUUAACGGUAUCGGCGCUCGCUGGAUCGCGCCAGGUUACGUUGGCCCUGCCUUCAUCUAAGCAUCUCUAAACAGCUGAUUCAACUUGCACUUUGUUCAUUGGCAGUUAUUCCGUCUUCUCGUAUAUGUAAAUAAUAAUUUAAUUGUCUGUAACAAAUAAAUGGAUAACAUUUGUACGUGAA